UUUAGGUAGGACUCCCAUCUGCAUUACCUCUCCAGAGCAGAAGGUGGCAGUAAUGUGCAACAGGCCCUAUUCAUCUGCCAAUGCACUGCAUGGCAAAGGAGAGCAAUUACCAGGAGUUGGGAGAUCGCAGUUUACUGACUAAAUUUUUAAUCUGUUUGCAUCAUCAACAUUUUAACUAUCUACGGUGGAGAAAUGUCUUAAUCGAGAAACCUGUGACUAUAAAAGUGGCCUGUGUCACCGAACCACAAGGAUCUCCUGUUCAAGUUCAUCUCCAUCUGCCAUCCUCCUGUGAAAGUGUCCUGUUCUUCAGCUUCAUCAAACAAGAAUGUCUGCAAAAAAGGGGGUCAUCUGCCAAUCUCAGGAAUGGCUCCAGUGAAGCUCCGAAUCAUACUUGGAGAGAACAACUCCCAGAGACUUACCCUGGAAAAUGGGAUUCCAGAGACUGUUUCUGAACUUGUUCAGCACAUCAAGAGUCAGUGUGGGGUAGAGGCAGACUUCAGGCUUCAAUUCAUGGAUGUUGAGUUUGGCAAUGAAUUUACAAAUUUGACUUCAGUAACAGAGAUCCAGGACAAAAGUACUAUCAAGCUCAUCUUUGACUCAGAUUCCUCUGCCCUGCCCGGUGGCUCCCCGCCCCCUCCCUACUCGGCUCCCACUACAUCUCGCUCCUCUGAUGACUCUUUGUCACAGACAUCAUUUGAUACAGACAUCUUGUCCUCUCCUGAGUCCAACUCUUCUAGAUCCUCUGGAUGGCCUGUUUUUUUCUAUGUGCCCCGAUUCCCAUAUGAUUGUGAGCUGGAGCUGGGUAAAGCCAAUACUGCAUUUAAAGAAACCGGAACUUUGUUGAAUCCUGAAAUUAGACUAAAAACUGCUAUUCUUGACAGCUUAGCUGAAGCGAUUGUUAAGCACAAAGUGUACCCCGCUGACGGCGAGUUUGAAGCUGUAGCAGAAGCCCUUGUAUCGUCUCAUCCAUGUUUGAAAGAACCAGGCUCUACCACUGGAUAUGAUGGUUGGAAGAUGAGCUUAAAGUACAAGCUUGCCAACUACAGACGGAAGCUGAAGCGGCUUGGAUGCCCAGAGGUUGAACUGAACUCCCUAAACAAUAAACCUGCAGACAAAUGUAGUCCUGCUUUUGGUGUUAAGAAGCCAAGAAAAGCUGAGGUGAAUUACUGCCCUGCCUUCCCAUCUGGUGAGUCUGUAGAGACGCUUGAAAAGAUGAGAGAGACCCUUCUUUCAGAAGUAAAGAAAAGGAACAAUGAGGACACAGUAGCAGCCAUGAUGGACAAAACCUUUGCACACAGAAGGCAAGAAGUUGUUCGGGACGCACCCAUGAUUGCUCAUUUCAAAACAAGAUGGCCAGCUCUCUUCUGUAUACGUGAGGUAACUGCAGAAUUCAAGAGGAUUACAACAGUCAGUCUUGUGUCGAAGUUCUUCUCUGGGCUGGAUGCUCACUCUUCAGACUUAAUCAGGGUGUUUGGCAAGAAAGGUGGUGCUCAAGGAAGGAAGAUCAGGAGCAUCAUGGUUCCCAUAUCCCAGACCAACAUCAUUAAUGUCAGAAGAGAGUGUAUCCUCAAAGCCCUGUGUGUGUACCUCAACGAAGAGCCCAAGAAGCUGGUGAAAGAAUGCACGGAUGCAGAUGUUGAAAGCAACCAGGCUGAAAUGAAGGAGAUGACCUUUGGAAUCUAUGCCAUACGAAAAGAGGGUGCAGAGCCGGAGGAUGACCCAGACGAUGUGGGUAUCAUCUUGGAGGGUGUCCAAGUUCUGGACGAGCUGGGGAACGUCCCAUUUGCUGUUGCCAUGCUGUUCGCUCUGGUCUACGCACUCAACCUAAGCUACCCUUCAGAGCUCAGAUACACCUUCGAAGCUUUGCAGAAGAUCAUCAUGGAGCUUGAUGGAAACAGACUCUCGAGAAAAGCUCAAACACUGAAAACCCUGCUUUCACGUAAGUCAUCCACUGUAGAGUGACCAACAGGUCAACCGUUGCUCUUUGAGAGAUAGAAAAGACUUUGGCCUGAAAUGUUCCUUAGAGAAAGUAAAAAUGAACGAUGAAUGAAUGAGUGUUUUCAAAAGCAAUUGUUGCAUGCAGAAACAGUUCUGUUUAGUACUUCCAAUGUUGCACAGUGCUGCUUUUUCAGUUCUUCCUCACGUUUUUCCUUUGCCAUCAGUUGCCAGGGAUGCAUCUGCACAUACACUUUGUAAACUUUUGUUUGGUUUAUUGGUAAGCUGUACAUUAUAGAAGUCUUCUGUAUUUCUGCCAGGAAAAAAAGGGAAAUUGAAAAUCAAAAUUGUAAGAUACUUGGCCAUUGUUAUGAGUUAACAAUAAUAUUUUUCAACCAAGGCUUCUACCUUAUUUUCUAUUGAUGCAUUUUAUGUAAUGAAAACAUUUUGACUGUUUAGGCUGGAUGUGGAAGGUUAACAGGGGGCAGGUUCAAAUAGUGGGCCCCAAUUUUCUAACCUGACAUAUUCUUGCUUGUCUGCCUCUUCAGGUUGAAUCACUCUGCUGUAUUUUCACAUGAGCAUGUUUUCCAGCAGCUGUUGAAAGUCAUUCUUUGCCUUUCCUAAAUACAGUCGUGUUCCAACAAA